AUGAGUGAUCUGUCAUUCAAUUGUUUCUGUGUUCGCCCACUUUCUAUGGGUUGUAUUCACGUCGCAUUUAUUCUGCUUAUUUUCUCAUUGUUCACUCACCCACCCCACUCCACCCCACAUACUCGGUCCUUCAAACCGCACCGAACUGCAACACACGGUAAUCAUCUCUGUCCGUAUGCCAUUCUGCUCCAACAACCGUGGAACGUCAAACCACCGUUCCGCUUCGCUACCAUUCCCAGCGGCGCGACCGAGGAAAAUAUCAAGAUAAAUUUUCCUGAAAUGAAUGCCUAUAUGAGAAAAUUCAACCGAUCUUCCGUGGAAGAAGGACUGAAAGCACUCAGAUCGGGCGAACUGGAUGCUUUUAUCUACGAUGCGAAUGUGCUGGAUUAUUGGGCAUCAAAAGACGAAGGCUGUAAGCUCCGGAUUGUGGGUAACUUGUACGCCAUGACUGGUUAUGGAAUCGGAUUUACCAGAGGAAACAAGUGGUUGGAAAAAGUCAACUCACGUAUUUUGGAUUAUCAGAAAAACGGUACGCACGGUACAUUGAUCAUUCCCAACAGUCUUGUUCAUCAUUGUUUGGGAACUAAACCCUACAAGAUGGGACGACUCCAGGAGGUAAUUUUAUUGAAAACACGUGAUUUACAACUCAAAUCAUCUUUGAAACCAUUCGUGAAAAGUAUCAGUUCAUGA